CUACCCAAAAUGAUUGAGAAUUAUAUUCAACAUUUGCGUUUUAACUUUCAACUUUUUCCCUCUCAUCCCAGCGUCGGAUUCUAUUCAUUCUUCCAGUUGAUCAACGGUAUUGUAUCGUAAUCCGAUUUAGACCUAGUCUUUAUUUCCUCCACCUCUGAGACCAAUUCCUCAUUCUCUUCAGCCGCCGUGGACAGCUCCUUUCCUUCUAAAACCCGAACCCUGAAAUUGGAGGGAAAUCGAGGCAAAAAUCAGUCGACGGAAUAGCACCAACUUCAGACAGAAUAUUUCUUUUCAGGAGGUGGAAUUGAUUCUUAGCAAUGGCAUUCUUCAGGAGUGUAGAUGCACUAUCAAGGCUGCGUUCUCGGGCUGGUCAGCAGUCUUGUCUUAGCAACACUGUUAGAUGGCUUCAAAUGCAGAGUUCCUCUGAUCUUGAUCUUCAUGCUCAGCUGAAGGAAUUGAUUCCAGAGGAACAGGAGCGCCUAAAGAAACUCAAGUCAGAACAUGGGAAAGUUCAACUGGGAAAUAUUACAGUUGAUAUGGUGCUUGGUGGAAUGAGAGGAAUGACAGGAUUGCUGUGGGAAACCUCAUUACUAGACCCAGAUGAAGGAAUACGUUUUAGGGGAUUGUCAAUUCCUGAGUGUCAGAAAGUAUUACCAGCUGCAAAGCCUGAUGGAGAACCUUUGCCUGAGGGUCUUUUGUGGCUUCUCUUAACUGGAAAGGCACCAAGCAAAGCUCAGGUUGAUGCUUUAUCAAAGGAAUUACGUGACCGUGCAACUGUCCCAGAUCAUGUGUUUAAGGCCAUUGAUGCUCUGCCUGUCUCAGCUCAUCCAAUGACUCAGUUUGCUACUGGUGUCAUGGCCCUCCAGGUUCAAAGUGAAUUUCAGAAAGCAUACGAGAUGGGAAUCCCAAAAUCAAAGUACUGGGAGCCAACAUAUGAGGACUCUCUUUCUCUGAUUGCUCGUGUGCCAAUAGUGGCUUCAUAUGUUUACAGAAGAAUAUACAAAGAUGGGAAAAUGAUUCCCGUGGAUGACUCUCUGGAUUAUGGUGGAAACUUUUCGCACAUGUUGGGAUUUGACAGUCCCCAGAUGCAAGAGCUUAUGAGGCUUUAUGUCACCAUCCAUAGUGAUCAUGAAGGUGGAAAUGUUAGUGCCCACACUGGCCACCUGGUGGGUAGCGCUCUUUCAGAUCCUUACCUUUCAUUUGCAGCUGCAUUGAAUGGUUUGGCUGGACCCCUUCAUGGUUUGGCUAAUCAGGAAGUUUUGCUUUGGAUUAAAUCAGUGGUGGAUGAGUGUGGAGAAAACAUAACCAAAGAACAGCUGAAAGACUAUGUUUGGAAGACAUUAAGUGGUGGGAAGGUUGUCCCUGGAUUUGGUCAUGGAGUUUUGCGUAAAACUGAUCCAAGAUACACAUGCCAAAGGGAGUUUGCAUUGAAGCACUUACCUGAUGAUCCACUGUUCCAGCUGGUUUCAAAGCUAUAUGAAGUUGUGCCUCCUAUUCUUACUGAGUUAGGCAAGGUGAAAAACCCAUGGCCCAAUGUUGAUGCUCACAGUGGGGUGCUCCUGAACCAUUUUGGUCUCACUGAGGCAAGAUGCUAUACAGUUCUUUUUGGUGUGUCAAGGAGUAUUGGGAUUUGCUCCCAGCUGAUAUGGGAUCGAGCUCUUGGUUUGCCACUUGAGAGGCCAAAGAGUGUUACCAUGGAAUGGCUUGAGAACUACUGUAAGAAGGCAAAAGCUGCAUGAAUUGUCGUAGACUGCUCUUAGUCAUAAAUAAUUGCUCACAAAGCUUGCCUUUUAUGAAUGGAAAGGAAGUCAAGCACGCCGUCAAAUUGGUAGAGGAAUAACUUCACAUUUUUUUUAAAAUGUUUUUCCCAUCAAAUUUUGAAUUUAAUUCAAUUUGGUUACUAAUACCUUGCUUUGUUAAUUACUAAGUUUAGUUGUUUUACUUUAAGUCGAAGUAUUUGUUGGAAUAUAUAGAUAUAUUUUUU